AUGUUGAUCAUAUACUUUGCUUUGAUGCCUGUGGCUGGCGUGCUCUCAUAUUGUUGUGAAAUCUCCGCUCCAUCACCUAUCACAUGUGGGAUCAAUGAAGAAUACGUGCCAUGUAGGAUAAAAUGCAUACCACAGUUUUGUAACAUAUCAUAUGUAGAUUUUAUUUGUCCUGAUGAUAAUCAGUGUGAACCCGGAUGUAACUGUAUAAAAGAUCAUUUGCGCAAUAACGAAGGAAUUUGUGUUUUUAACGAAGAAUGUCCACCACCGCCUCAAAUACCCUCCUGCGGAGACAAUGAAGUUGGGAGUACAUGUAGAAAGACGUGUCCCCCAGACAGUUGCGACUUCGACCCUACAAAACAAGCUUGUAAACCGGGGCCUUGCCAACCUGGGUGUAAUUGUAUUGAAAAUUACUUGAGGGAUGCAACGGGAAAAUGCGUUCCGAAAGACCAAUGUCCAAAGAGCAAUAUGUGCAUUCCAUCAAAGAGAUGCGGAAUCCCAUAUAAAUGUAGACGUACUUGUGCCGAACCAAAUCCCCCAAACUGUCCUGCUUAUUCAAAUGUGUCCGAGAACGUAAAAGGAUGUAAAUGCAAGCCAGGGUUUAUUCUGACGAAAAAAAUAGAUGGGGAAUGUGUAAGAAUUGAAGAUUGUUCGCAACAACAGGGAUGCAAUGGAGACAAUAACGCCCACAUUACUAAGUAUCCUGCCCCAUGUCCUUCCACUUGCCAGUCUCCAAAUCAAGUGCCUUGCAAAAAAGCAUAUUUAGAUGUUGGUUGUUCGUGCAAUGAUGGAUAUAUACUGUCCAAAUUGAAUGGAAAAUGUAUGAAACCAAAUGAUUGUCCAGGUGGCAACCCAUGUGGAAGAAAUGCGACAUUUCAAAUUUGUGACAAUAGAUGUGCUUACAACUAUUGCCCAGUGGAUGAUUCGCAAGCUGAUUAUAGUUGUGUACCUCCAUCGCCUUGCCCAUCCGGGUGCGUUUGCAAUUUGAACUAUAGAAAAAAAAGUAUGAAUGAGAACAAGUGUAUCCUGGCAUCUGAGUGUACGCCAGUUAAUUGUACCCGACCCAGUGAAGAUUAUAGUAAUUGUCCAUCGGCCUGCUUGAGGGAAGGUUGCGAAUUUGCUGGUGAAGAACCACCUGUAUGCAACACACUUGUUUUAAACUGCCAACCACAGUGUAUUUGCAAGCCAAAUACUUUUCGAAACGAGAAUAACAUUUGCGUUCCGGUUGAACAAUGCCGUAAGUAA